GGGGAGGCGUCUUGGGGGAGCUGUAAAGGCGCCCGCUGAACGAAAGUGACGAGGACGGUGAGGAGGCAGGCCGGACAGGUCACCCCGAUGGUGAGUACCUAGAAAGGCAGUAUAAUGGCAACAGAAGAAGAUGAUGACGAUGAUGCAGUGACAUUUUCUAGUGGGUUGUGUGGUGUUUCCCCUGGUAGAAGAGAGGAUAAUGAUGAGAGUUCAGUGGAUAUUUAUGACGGGUUAGACAACACUCCAAUUGUUUUUGAUAGUCUUGCUACAAAAGCAACCCCAACCGGAAGUAGUUUAAAUCUGUUUGAUGAGAUCCUGAUUGCAGAAGGGACAGCAAAGGAAACUUCAUAUAAUGAUUUGCAGGCCAAACAUGAGAAAUGUCUGCAGCAACUUCAAGAGUUGAUGAAGAAGCUUCAGGAAAUACAAGAACAGAAUUCCGCUCUACAAAAGGAAAACCAGUCCCUUAAAAAGAAUAUUUCGGCUCUUAUCAAAACGGCAAGAGUAGAAAUUAAUCGCAAAGAUGAAGAAAUCAGUAAUCUCCAGCGAAGGUUAUUAGCAUUUCCAGUUCAUCAGAUUGCCUACAGUAGAACAUACUUUGCAGCACCAAUUAAUAAUAAUGCAAGGAACUUUGUAGGAUUGGAAAAAAAUAAAUGCAAAGAUUUGCUUCUGGAAAAGAAUCCAAAAAUAGAUUCUAGGACUAAACCUGUCAUUCCUAAAGACGUUCCUCACAGUUAUCUAUCUUGUGAUACAGAGAAUCAGAAAAUUCAUUCAGAAAAAAGAAACACUCCAUAUGUACCUAGACCUCAUCCUGAACUGCUUCACAGUGAUGCUGAUUCAAGGCUGACAAAUAGUAACAAUUCUUCUGACAAAGAAAAGGGGAAAAAAGAAAUAAGAAAUGAUGAGCAUCAUAGCAAGGAGAAUGACUGCAGGCACAAAAACAAAAGACACGAAAAUAUGGGCAGCAUCACAGAUGGAAAGUUGCAGGUUAAGCCAGAAAAAACAGUCGGACCAAGUAAAGACAAUAAGAACUCAAAGCUUAAAAGCAGCCCUUAUUUAGAACAAAGAACUGAUACAUUUCCUUCCCCUUUGGAGAAACAACCUCUUAAUGAUCGAUUACCCUCAAAAACAGAAUACUCUGGGAAUGUUAGGAGUGAAAAGUCACAAAACAUAAAGCAGAAAGAUCUGAAAACACAGAACAAAGAUGAAAGCAGUAGUGGACAGAAGACCAGUCCUGAAAGGAAUCUUGAACAAAAAAAGAGGAAAGGUAAUAACAUUAGCGGUCCACCUGAAAAAAUUUCAAGUGCUCAAAAAUCAAGUAAAAGCUAUGUGGAAGACAAAAAGGUAAAAGACAGCAGUAACAGAAAAAACAGAGGAACAAAUAAUCAUGAAUUCCAAAAAAAGAAACUGUUGUCCCCAUGUCCUCCAACUUCUAGCAAAAAACACAAACACAGCUAUUCUAAGGAAGAGAGUAGUAAACAUGAAGUUGAAAGCAUGCAUUCAAAAUCCAAGAGACAUCGAACUGAAGAGAAAAGGGAAAACAAGAGAGUGACCCUUGGAGAAAGCAAGACUUUUCAGACUGAAAGAACAGAUUCGAAGGAAUUGCCGCAAAGAACAGCAAAAGUUGUGAAUAAAGUUAAGGACUGCACUGUGAGAGAAAAAAAUCAACCUUUCCCAUCACAGGAAACGACCAAGGUAGCAGGUGGCUCGGAGGAGCAAAAGCCCACAAAAAUUAGAAGAGAUGAAGACCAGUCAAAAAGCAAAGACCUAAAACUGAGUUUUAUGCAGAAACUGAAUUUAACACUUUCUCCUGCAAAAAAGCAAACAGGUGAACUCAGACAAGUAGGACAAUCCCCCAGUGGAUGUGAUGGAGAGAUUCCAGGUAAACCUAUUAGUACUACUGCAGCUAAGCAAAAAACCCCACCAUCAGUACCAAUCCCUGAUAUUCCUGUUCCAGCCAAUUCAAAGCAAGUAGUUUCUAUUUCAGAUACCAAAGCGGAAAUGGGAACUGAGAGCCUGUCAGAAAUACUGAGUACAGAGUCAUCUAAGGAAACAUCAAACCUGCAAAACACAGUGCAGUGUGAACUGGUUGAUAACCCACAUGAAGCCAGCAAUGAUAUUGGAGAAGCUGAGGAAACACUUAGGCUUCCUAGCAUGGGAAGCCCCUUGAAUCAAGACACACUUCCAGAUGAUAGUUUCAAUGACUUGGAGAUUAUAAAUUCUGUGGAUUUUGAUUCCUAUAGUGUAAUAGAUGAAAUUAGCGGAACAGAUUCAGACUCGCUGAUGGAGGUGGAAGACACUGGUAAUUGUGAAGACGAAAUGGUUGUGGAGCAUCCUGGUAAAGAAAACAACCUUCCUGAACAUGUGUCACAGGCUGUCAAGGAAGAACCCAAAGUAUUGAGUAGAGAUGUGUCAGUAACUGACCAAAAGUCAUGUAACUCCAAGCUGAGCUGUCUUGACCAAGGAAGCCACUUAGAAAAGUUAUGUAAUAAAGGGGUAAAAUCUGCGCCUCUAGCAAGCGAUGCAUACCCAGUCUCUGUCGAUGAUGAGAAUUCAGUACUGAGCAUUGAUCUCAAUCACAUGAGAUGUAUUCCAAAAGCAAUUAGUCCACUUAAUAGUCCAAUACGACCCUUGACUAAAGCACUCAGAGGAGAAAGCCAUUACACAGGACCUGUGAAAAGCUUUAAUACAGAUUUAAUGCCUGAAAGUUCAGCUGUCUGUCCUGCAAGAAGCCUGUCCAGUGAACUCAACAAAGAAAAUCAGAAGCCAUUUGGCACAGAUCCCCAAGUCUUAGAGACAGAAUCGCAACUGAGCGUAUCUUCAGAUGAAUUAGAAGAAGGUGAAAUUGUAAGUGAUGAUGAUAAUUGUAAUAGUGAAAGAAACUCCGAAUACAGUAAAAAAUCAAGAGGAAAAUCAUCUUCUGAAAAAUCCAGUUUGAUCAAUAGUCCACACAACCCGAAACCAAAGACCAUAUCUUAUGAUGAAGACAAAGAAAAAAUGGUUUCUGCAAAAAACAGUAAAAAAAACCCCAGAAUUGGAACUGUGAAGUCCUCUAAAGAAACAAAGAAAAACAAAGCUGUGAAAACUGACUAUCUUGAAAAAAUAGUUCAAAUUAUUGCUGAGCCUUCUACUGUGCAUGAGUUUAUGCAGAUGCUAAAGGCUAUAAGAAAGCAAGUACGUAAAAACUACAUGAAGUUUAAAGUACAGUUUCCAGUACAGCAUUUUCAUAGGAUUAUAGAUUCGGCAAUUUCAAAUUUUACAUCUCUAGUAAAAUAUCUUAACUUCUCAAAAAUGUCUAAAUCAAAUGAGACCUUGAAGUUGAAUCUCUGCGAAGUUAUAGAAUCCAGGCUUAAGCGAAUUAAAAGGAAUAGUACAGUAGAUCAUCUCUUUGAACAGCAACAAUCAGAUAUGAAGAAAAAGUUGUGGAAACUUGUGGACGAGCAGCUUGAUAACCUGUUUGACAAAAUAAAGAAAAUUGUCCUGAAACUGUGCAAUUUAAUAAAUACUGGUAAUGAGAAUGGUGAUGGUAAAUGUAAUAAAAGAAUUAAAGAGAGCCCUAAAUGCCUUAUAGGUCAUAAAACUGGUGGACAAAACCCAAAGAAACAAUCUUUAAAUGCUAGAACUCAAAAGGCUGAAGAACGUGUUCUUCCAAAGCCUGUAGUGGGCAACCAGAUGUCCAGGAGAAGUCCUCAUGAUACAAAUAAAAUGGAUGCACAAAAAAAUACACUUAUGAAAUGUACAAGUUCCUAUACAGAUAAUGCAAAACAAUCUCAAACUAGGGUUGAACUUGUCAAAGAAAAAUCUAUACAGGAUACUGAAUCAGCUUUGAAAACUGGAAAAUAUGAAAAGGAAGGGUCACAACUGGUUGAAAACUCUCACAAGUCUGAUGUUAGCUGUGGACCUCUCACAGAACAGCAGAUGUCUGGCCUAACAUUUAACCUGGUGAAUGAUGCUCAAAUGGGCGAGAUGUUCAAAAGUUUGUUACAAGGGUCUGAUUUUUCAGAAAAGAACGAAGAUUUCAUGGAUGAAAAUCAGUGGGAAUUCCGGACACCUGAAAAACAGCUUCUUAAUGGACAGAACUGUGGAAACGAUACUGUGUAUGAGGCUGAAGAAUCAUUUCCAAAAGAAACCCGAAUAGAGUCAAGGAUACUAGAUGACAUUAAAUGGCCUGUAGUUUCACCUGAAAGAGAUUCAACUUUUUUAACUAGACUUCCAAUGCCUGUUGAUCCAGAUAUUCUAGAUGAAAACUGUAUGUUUGACAUUCCUUCUAGUCCGGCUUUGAAGAAAAGUGAGGCAUGCAUUUUGGAAAAACCAAAAUCACUUGUGUCUUCUAUUCUUCUGGAAGACCUCGCAGUAUCAUUGACUAUUCCAUCUCCUUUGAAGUCGGAUGCUCAUCUUAGUUUCUUGAAGCCUAACAUGUUUGGAUCGGUUCCUGAGGAUGUUCUGAGUGCACAUUUCAGUGAAGAUGCCCAUCUUGAAGAGGAGGAUGCCUCAGAACAAGAUAUUCAUUUGGCUUUGGAAUCUGAUAACUCAAGCAGUAAAUCGAGCUGCUCUUCUUCAUGGACAAGUAUGCCUGCUGCUCCAGGAUUUCAGUAUUGCACAAGCCUGCCAAUGCAGGCAGUAAUAAUGGAAAAAUCAAACGAUCACUUCAUUGUUAAGAUAAGGCGUACCAUACCAUCUACCUCACCACAUCUUGAUCAGGCCUCUCUAGCAAAUGACUCCAUGACCUCUUUUAUUGAGAGAGGGAAUGAUGAAAGUGUGUCUGAAGAAAAAUUAGAUACUUUGAAUCCCAAAGACCUACCACUGGAAGAAAUGGCACUAUCUAAGGAACAGAACAAUAUUACUGACUCUGAGAAUAAGGUGCAUGAUGAUAUUGAAAAACAGCAUAUUCUUAGUUCAUUUGAGGCUACGGAGGAACUGUUGAUCUGUCAUGAAAACCAUCAGCAGGUUCCAGAGCUAUCUGAAUUCCAACAGGAAUCUAAUCCUAGUGCUCCUGACAAUAUGCUUGAGUCUGUAAAGGGUCUGCUUAGUAAUGCCAGACAAGAACAAGAUUGUAACAUGCCUGAGCCUCUUCAUGAGCCACCUAGCAAUACAAGUCAGCAUCAAGGCACUGUUCUGAUUGAAAAUCAAGUAUUGCAUAAUAGUACUGACCCAAAAGAAGCCUCUGAUUUACCUGAUCCACCUGUCGGGAAAUCCUCUAGCUCCUUAGUGUCUUUUAUAGAUCCUUCAAAUAAAACUUGCCAUGGUGAAGAUGUACCAAAUGUCUUUAAGCUACCUCAGACACACUCAUUGAAGGUGCUCCAAAAAAGAGAAGUAUCCUGCGUUACAGCAGAACAGCUUCCAAUCAAUUCUGCAGUAGUUCCACUUAUAGAUGUAUUUUCCUCUGAGGGCCAGUUUGCUGUAGAUAUAGAUUUGACAAAUGAGUCUCCUAUGGAAAAUGAAGUUGAUUCAUGGGAUCUUACAGCAGAAUCUGCUUUAAAUGCUGGAAUUGGAAGUUUACAUAAAGAGGAACAUGAACCAGCAAGCCUGUUGAAGUGUGAUGUUGAUGCAGUUACAGACUUGACAGCAGACUUGCCUGACAAGCCAACUGCAGAUGAGAAUAUUGAAAGAAAAACCGCUUUAAAUAUUGGUAAUCUGGUCCCUGGCAAAGAAAGCAAAAAAAGAAAAAGGGAGAUUGAAGAAACAUCCAGCAUAAAAAUACAAAGAAAGAGCAGUGAACUGCCUUGUAAAAAAAGUGGCAAAAAUAGCAAAAAAUCUAAAGAAACUAUGUCAGUAGCUAAGAGUUCAUCCAGUAAAAAGGCUGCACCAGUUAGAGACAAAGAUUCUUCACCAUCAGCAUCUUCUGCGGCAACAUCAAGUCUGUAUGCCAAAAACAUCAUUAAAAAGAAAGGAGAAGUCAUAAUUUCUUGGACAAGAAAUGAUGACAGAGAGAUUCUAUUAGAAUGUCAGAAAAAGGGACCUUCAGAAAAAACAUUUUCUUCUGUUGCUGCCAAAAUAAAUAAAAGUUCAAAUCAGGUUGAAGAAAGAUUCAAACAGUUAGUGAAGCUGUUCAAUAUGAGAAAUUGCAGUUAGCGACUGUGUUGUUACUGGUGAUGGACUCCUAUGAGUGUUUAUGCACUGUGUGUAUAUGAGAGAGAGAUCCGAGUAGCUGCCUGUUGCUUAUCUUGACACUUAUAAUUUAGAUGCUGUACUUUAUACAUCAUUUUAGAAGAUGUCAGAGAACCCAUAAUGCUUAGCUACACUUCUAGGAGUAGUCAUAUAAGAAUAUAUAAGGGGCAGUUAAGCAGCUGACUCAGUCUGUUUCAGAAAGUAGGAGCACUAUGAAGUUUUGCAGUGUAUUCUGUAAUCCCCUUUGUUCAUUAUGGUACGGAUAUGCUGGAAGUUUUGUAGAGUAGUGUUAUAGCAGCCUUUCCAAGUUUCUGCUGCUAAAGGCAACAAAUGUGUUUUACAUUCUGUGCACAGAGAUGGUUUUUAAUGGCUGAUUUUGCUACUCCUUGCUAACUCAAAACAGCCUCUUUUAAAAGUGCAUCUACAGUGGGCUUCAACACAUGCUUUCAGGGUGCAGUAUGAAUAUGUGCCUUAGGUAAUUUAACCAAGAGUUACACAAUCCAGUACUGAGUAUAAUCUAGAGAAUACAAAGUGGGGAUUGAUCCAAAACAAGUCUCAGUCUGCAGUUUCUUCUGGGCAGAAAGAUCCAAUGUGCAAGAUUUCUCUUUUAGAUCCAGCCACCUGGGAUUCUUGCGCAGAGCCCUCUGCAGGAGCAGUAAUUGGUCCCUAGUGAACAGGGUGGAUUUUAUUCCCCUUCUAAAUAAUUCCUUGGUAUGUCCUCUGAAAUGGUUCUAGCUUCUACACAUGCUUAUGUGAUCGGGGCCUUGAUAUAUUCAUUGUCUCAAGUGUAAUAAUUGGAAAGCAACUACUGGGGCAUUGGGGGUAUUUUGGCAACUAUCUCCGUAGAACACCUUGUGCACAGCAGCAAAAAUCCUAAUUUCAUCUGUAGUCUUACUUCAGAAAGGACAGGGUCCCAGAUGAAUGUAAGAGCUCAACAUAUUUCUUAAAGUGACUUACUGGUAUUCUGAUCUGGAUUCUCUUUUUGGGGGAAGCAGGGGUUGUAAAUUGUAAAGUUUUAAAUGUUUAUACUGUUGUAAAUAUGUGUACAGGGUGCCAUAGUGUGUAAAAUACAUUGUUUAUAUAGUUUGUUUACCUGCAAAUUUU